AUGCUGUUCGAGGACCAGCGAAAGCAUGCUGUCUCGAUCCCUUCGCGCAGCGAGGAUGGCCAGCCUGCGACCAUUGCUCAUCUCAUCGACCACCUCUGCAAGAACGUCAUGAAAGACAGUCGCAAGGAGCUUUUCGUCCUCGAUGAUCACAUCCAGUCAGUCGUGACACUCCCUGGGAUCCCGUCGAGCCUUCAUCACAAACAACCUUCGCCUGUGUCCAGCAUCCUAGUCCUCAUCAACGACGCAGACUGGGAGCUGGAGGGCGAGGAGGCCUAUGAGCUGAAGGCCGGGGACAACAUCCUCUUCGUGUCGACGCUGCACGGGGGCUAG